UCCAAAGACUCUAACAAAACACUAGCUCACACGAGAACCUCAGCUCCUCCAACGGACGACUCCUCCUUCCACGAACAAACCAAACCAUGCCCUCCACACCACCACCACAAUCUCCCUCUCCUCCCACCGCCGCCGCCGACCUCCAGGCCCUCCUCGACGCCGCGCGGCCCUUCCUGCGCGGGGAGCUCGAGGUCGUCGACCCGCGCCUCCCCUCCCUUGUGGCCACCCUCCGCUCGGUCGGCGCCGGGGAGUGCUGGCACAAGCACGGCAGCUUCCUCGAGCACCUCGUCGACAUCUACCGCGUCCUCCGCCUCUGGCGGGUCCCCGACGCCGUCUGCCUCUGCGGCCUCUUCCACUCCGCAUACUCCAACUCCUACGUGAACCUGGCCAUCUUCGACCCCAACACCGGCCGCGACGUCGUCCGCAGCCACGUCGGCGAUGCCGCGGAGCGCCUGAUCCACCUCUUCUGCAUCAUCCCUAGGCAUACCAUUAUCCACGACGACCUGCUCUUCCGCUACGACGACGCGGAGCUCGUCGAGCACCUGAAGCUCUCGGAGAUGUCCCUCCGGAGCGCCAAGGAGAAGGGGGUGUUCAGAGGCGACGAGGCGUGGCGGAAGAAGGUCCAGUCGCUGCUGCCCGCGGAGGGGAUUAGGGUGAAGCACAUAAAGACCGGAGAGGAGGUGCUCGUUUCGAGAAGGGUGAUAGCGACUUUCUUGAUGAUGACCAUGGCAGAUUUCAGCGACCAGCUCUUUGGAUUUCAGGACAUGCUGUUCGAGAACAGCGACGGGCGGUUGGAAUUCACCGGGAACAAUUUCUGGGCACUGUGGCCCGGGGAUGGGAAGCCCGGGCUCUGGAUGAACUCGAUAUCGAGGAUGGGGGCGGUGUACAUGCUGGUGGUGAGAGAGGAAGAGAUGUUCAUGUUGGAGAGGAGGAAGAAGAGCAGCAAAAGCAACGCCGACUCGGAGCCGCCGGCGGAGGAAGAGCGGGACGAGGACAUAGAGCUGGUGGUGCCGCCGGUGUUCGAGUCCUGCACGCGGGUGCUGGGCGCGAGGGAGCAGAUCGAGGCGAGGGACAAGUACUGGGAAGCGGUGUGCGAGGUGAGCGGAGGAGGAGGCGAGCAGUACGGGGCGGUGGAGCGGAGGCUGAGGGAGAGCGUGGAGAAGAACCCGUUCGUCGGGGAGCCGAGGGUGGUGCUGGGGCAGGUGUACCUCGGGGAAGGGCGGUACGAGGAGGCGGAGAGGGAGGCGGAGGCCGGGCUGAGGCUGCUGCUGGAGUGGGGGAGCCCGUGGGACAAGAGGACGUCGUGGGAAGGGUGGGUGGCGUGGGCCAGGGUGUUGCUCAUGAAGGCCAGGGAGAGGUCUUGGCCCAACACUUCCUGGGGUAUCCUCAAUUUGGGGCUCGUCAAGUGAUUUUCACUAAGGUUGUUGUCGUGAGUCAUUUGGUGCGGUCGCGAGUGGUGCCCGUGCCU